AUUUAGAAUAAAAAUGCCAAAAGAGAAGAGUAAGGCUCACAAGUUCACUGACUGGGAAGUCGGUAAAGACUACGAAUGACAAAAGUUACUCGGAAGCGGCAGCUAUGGCAGUGUAGCCAUGGCUAUCCACAAACCAACCAAAACUAAAGUUGCAAUUAAAUAAAAUGGAAGGCGUUUUCGAAGAUGAGACCGACUGUAAAAGGAUCUUGAGAGAAGUCAAGCUCUUGAGGUGCAUGGAUCACCCAUUCGUUGUGAAGCUUUUCGACAUCAUCGAGCCCAAAGACCGGGAUGAGUUUGAUUCCCUCUACAUUGUAAUUGAGUAUGCUGAGUCUGAUCUUAAAAAGGUGGUCAAAUCUGCAAUCCAUUUGCAAAUCCUGCACAUUAAGACUGUGACAUACAACCUUCUGUGCGCCGUCAAGUACAUCCACUCUGCAGGCUGCCUACACAGAGACUUGAAGCCAGCAAAUGUGCUGAUCAACGAAGACUGCACGAUCAAAGUCUGUGACUUCGGGCUUGCAAGGAGCACUACUGGAGUAGAAACUUCAUCCUGGAAAAUCGAAGAAAAGAAGAAAGAUGAAAAAGAAAUCAGCUACACUGGUGGCGAUGACGAAGACAAAGAAGAAGAAAAGAAAGAGGAAAAGAAAGAAAUCGACAAGAAAGAAAUCAGACAGCGACUUGUCAGAACCAAAGACAAAAGAAAGAACAUGAAGAGAGAACUCACUGGCCAUGUCGUCACCAGGUGGUACAGGGCUCCAGAACUCAUUUUGCUCGAGAAAGACUACGGACCCCCUAUCGACAUCUGGUCUGUUGGGUGCAUCUUCGGUGAACUGCUCGGCAUGAUGAAAGAGAACGCUCCGACUUACCUGGACAGGAAGCCGCUGUUCCCAGGCAAGUCAUGCUUUCCGUUGUCGCCAAACAACAAGCUGACUGAGAAGAGAAAAGGCUUUCCGUUUUCUAGCACAGACCAGUUGAACAUCAUAUUCCAGAAACUGGGAACUCCGAGCGAAGACGACAGGAGCUUCGUCACCGACCAGAAGGCCAUCGAGUACCUGGACGCGUUUCCUGAGUGCGAGAGGGUCGACUUCCACGGGAUUUACAAAGGCGGAGGGGACGAGGCUCUGGACCUUCUGGACAAAUUCUUGCAAUUCAACCCUUACUACAGGAUAAGCAUUGACGAGUGAUUAGAGCACCCGUUCUUAGCAGAUGUUAGGAAGAAAGAUCUCGAGACUGUUGCCGAGAAGCCAGUCGAGUUCGACUUUGAAGCAGAAAUGUUGGAUAGAGAUAGAUUGAGAGAUCUUUUCUUAGAAGAGAUAGAUUAUUUCAAAACCAUGAGAGAGAGUUCGUAAAGACUGUAAAUUCAAUAGAUAAUUUUGAAUAUGGG